CAAUCACACAGAUGUCCUCGACGGGUCAUUCAGCAAGAUUUGGGCCCACCACAGUCAGCGUAGGAAUUCAGCUCACACAGCGUUCAUCAGAGAGGAAAAUUAGGGCGGACAGCAGUGGUGUCGGCUGGGUCGGCGGGAGCCGGACAUUCCUUGGAACACGAACCGCCCAACUGGAAACGUCGGGAAUAUUGCUGGGGGCACCGACAGCCAUGCUGAAAUCUAUCAAGACCAGCAGGGAGCGGCUGGCCGCCAAGCUCAGCGGCACCGUGAGCUCAACAUCGUGUAGCAGCGCCAGCUCGAAUGAGGAAGCUACUAGCAGGCAACCCGAACUCAGCGACGACCUUGUGCACCAAUCCCAUGGGCAUGUGAGGAUGCACGGGCCCAGAUCUGGUCGGGUCUCGUGGAGCAGCGCCGGCUAUCAAGCCAAGACCCCCUUUGGGGACAUCAACAUUCACCAGGCGGACAAGCAGCACAUUUUGGCAGCAGUCCUCACGUGCCAGCCGUCAGCCCAGGGCGGCAGGUAUCUGCAGCGAACUCUGGCAAAGGAGCUGCAGUCCCAGAUCAGGCAGCAUGGGGGAGAUGUCAAGGCGGCUCUGCCAGCCGCUUUGUCAGCGCUCAACCAGGCUUACAGGAACCUGCAUCCCUUCAACGGGCCGGUCCUGGAGAACGUACAUGCCGCCAUCGUGUACGCAGACCUGCGUAACCAGGAGCUGCACACAGCCUCCAACAGCGGCUGCAGGGUGGUUGUGGGCCGCUCACUGCGCGACGGGGGUGUGCUCACAGUAGCAGACCUGGGCCGCAGCAGUGCCGCACCCGAGCAGCCAGAAGCCCAGCAGAGCAGCAGGAGCAGUAGCCCGAGAGAGCAGGCAGAUGAGGACCUGAGGGGCCUCCAGUAUGCCACUGUGAAGCUCAGACCAGGGAUUGACACCGUCAUCCUUGGCUCCGAGGGCUUGUGGCACGAGCUGCCAAGCGAGAAGGCGCUGCUGCGGCUGCGGCACUACCAUGACUCAGCGUCGGCCGCCAACGGAGGCAAUGCCGCCGCUCACCUGACCAAUUUCGCGCUGCAUUCCGUCGCGCGGCGAUCUUCUCGCCUGUCCGACCCGCGCAUGCGCAGCCUCAGAUCAGUGGGCCACCUGCAGAGCCUGUGGACCGGGGACCGCAGCGGAUACAAAUGGAGCCGGCGGCAGCCGGUCAGGCGGCGCCGCGGCGAUGUGCACGGCGACCUGUCGGCCAUUGUCCUACGCAUCAACUGGGAAGAGGAGACAGCGUCUCCACGCAAGGCGGCAUCGGCAAAGGCUCGCAUCACCUCGCUGCUGCCGGUGCAGCGCCGCAGCGCCUCGCUCGGCGCCGCCGCGGCCUUAGAGCGCGCCGCGCGCCACUGGGACCUCGUGCGCAUGCACUUCCUGGACUACCCGCGCCAGGCUCACGCCGCCACCCGCGCCAAGUGGGCUGACCUCAUCGAGGCUGCACUCGAGGAGGCGCGCGCGCAGCGCCACCGCCGCCGCGCGGCCGAGCUGCUGCUCCGCACCGGCCUCCUUGGCGGCACAGCGACGCCUCCGGCGUCGCGCACGCCGUCGCUCGGCCCAUGGCAGCCGGCCGGCUGGGACACGCUUGCGGCGGUGGCCGCGGCCGCCGGCGACGACCGGGGCACGCCACUUGGGCAGGCACUGCUGCCCGAUAGCCGGCUGCCCAGCGGGCAGCCUCUGGUCUCGCCUUCCGGAAGCUCCUCAGGCAGCUCCUCGGCAGCUUCCUCCUCCGCCGCGCUGUCCUGGCAGCCGGCCAUCCCUCGCACCGUGAGCCGCCGGCAGUUGUUCGUGCCGCAGCCGGCACCGUCGCACCUGCCCGGCCUCCAGGAGUCGCCACAGGAUCAGCAGAAGAUAAGCGAUGAGUGGCUGGCGUAUGAGCAGCAUCAAGCGCACAAGCUGAAGCAAGACCUGAUGCGCGACAGCUUUGAGGCGGCCCGUCAGCGGCCAGCCGUCCAUGCUUAG